AUGGCUGAGCUGGAGAGCCUCGCAUGUGACGAUGGUUUGUUGCUCUACCUCGAUGGAACUGAACAGGUGUUGGACGCCGGCACGAAAGUUCAAACAACGUUGCUGACAGGUGAAUCCUGGCAGGAGGCGGUGCCGGCAUUGUACUCUCUGGACGCCUGGGUAUCUGAAGCUGCAUUGUCAGAUCGGCAUGGCAGGCGUGCCAACGGGAGCUGUCCUUUAGACUUAUCCAGGCUCCUAAGGCUUGCAGAGGCAGCCACAGAUCAGCCUCAAGUCCAUGCAGACAUCCAACUUGUGGGCAACACCACCAUCAAAUUGCGACUGCAAGGCACUGUAAGGCGGAUUCCCUGGGGAAACAAAGGCAUCGAAAUGCCAAAGAAUUCCGGGAAUGGCCGGGAUGUGAUGUCCGGGCACAUUGCAACGGGCCCUCGGACAUGGCGAGUCUCGUUGGAGGCUCGAUCCAUAAAGCUGAAGUCCGUUUCGGCAAAGGUGUUCGCUGCAUACUCCUACGCGCCCCUGAAGAUGUGCAAGUCGGGUCAGUCAAGAGCUACGUCUCGGACGUUUCAAACCCACCCGCCAGUACUUGCAAGGCACAACAUCACAACACACCUCCCCAAAGGCUUCGCAGCUUAUAGCCUCACGGCUACGAAGGAGGCUUUGGAAGCGGCUUUUGAGGAAUCCUUGCACGUUGAGGUGUGGGCACAAGAUGCAUUCCAGAAGGACUGCUUGCUAGGCGUUGCAGAAGUGUCUUUGGCCUCGGCAUUCUCACAACCCUUGCGGCGCUCAACAAGAUUGCCCAGCAUGGUUCAUGGUUUUCGGGUCUUUGACCAAGUGUGCCUCCUCGGCAGUGCCGAGGAAAAGCUGCCAGACAUUGUCGGCGAGAUCCGCAUCCUUUUCUUCGUGGAAGACCUGGGCCCUGCAUCUCGAGCUGUGCGUGACAGCACACGGAGCACGAAAGCACAGGACAUUGAUGCGGCUGGCAAUGCUAGCACGCGUCCUCAACGCGAGCUGGGGGAGACGUUGGGAAAAGAUGCAAAAGUUGCCGAACAUGACGCGGAAGCGCUCACGGCGCUCGCUGUCGAAGGGCUUGAAGCUUUAAGGUCGAGUCCUGCAUAUCGGAUCGCCUACUCCUUGGAAGUCUGGAAACAGCAGGAGGAGGACAGAUCCAACAUCCGCCUAAAGGAGCUUGAGACUCAACUGCGGGAAGAACUUGAAGAGGAGUACCGCCAACAUGAACUGCUGCGAGUGCAGACUUUUCGGCAGAGGCAGACCGAGCUGAGGGAAUUGGAACAACGCGCCAAGAAAAAGCUAGCAGACAUCCAGCAGCGAGAGAUCUCAAUCAGUGCAGAGGCGUCCAAUUCAGCUGCAAUGAACGCUCAAGCCAAGCGAAAAGCUGACCUUGCCAUCCAAGCUUGUGAAGAGGCGUUGCGACGGCAAAGAGCCGAAACAGAGCAAGCGCUGGACUUUGAGAAGCGGAAGCACGCUCAGCUGGAAUCCAGAAUGAAAGACUUGGAGCUUGAGACGUCCGAAAUCCGCAAGAGAUGCUCAGAGCUGCAGGCCUCCUUGGUCAAGGAAAGCACAGAGGCAACGAGCGGCACUGCAAGUUUGUCAGCCGAGGAGGAGCUGCGAGGCCUACAGUUGCAGCUUUGCGAAGAGCGAGUGCGCUGUGAAACCUUGGCAGCUUCUCGAGACCACUUUCGCCGGAAAGUCGAAGAGCUUUGCCAGCGCAUCUUGCACCAGCAGCUGCCAGAGUCACCCAUUCCGGAAGUGUUGAAGGCAACGGCACCUUCAGCCAGGGAAUCAAAUGAAGCAGUUGCAGAGGAUGCCAUGGCAGUCACCCAACCAGAGGCCCAAGGACAACGAAACAAACCCUCACCGAAGUUCAGCUUAGAAUGGCUGCAACAGCAGAAGAGUGAGCUUCUUGCCAGCGGCCUAUACACGGACGAUGAUGCCGUGAUUCAUGCACUGAAUGCACAGAUGGAGGAGCUGAGGAGCUGA